ACAUUAAGUCGCAAAGUGAAGUGCUAUUUCUACAUAGAAGCGAAAACCUAAUAGUAUAGACAAAUCGUCUAGAGUCUGAAGAACAUCGACUGCUGAAAGACACAGACCUAGAGUCUAGUUGGAAAAACUGUUAAGUCUCUACGCUUACGUACAGACGUUGGAUUGUUAUGAUGGAUCUGCAGUCGAGCUUAAUGCUAAGCCCUACCUCGGAGCAGGAGUUCUCGUGGGGAGGCGUCGACUCCCAAGCAGCUCAUGGACGAUUCUGCCCGACUCCGUCAUCGGACGAGUCCCAGUCAUCGUUCCUAGAGACUAUCGAGGGCGUCAAGAACGAUAAGAAGAAAACGUCGACGUAUAAACACGUACCUCAUCGCGAAAAACCACCUCACCUCGUUGCUCGACGAAACGCCCGCGAACGGCGCAGGGUGCAGGCCGUCAACGGUCAGUUCGCCAAGCUGCGCAAAUGCGUCCCGAUCGAGAAUCGCUCGAAGCGUCUGUCCAAAGUGAAGACACUGCAGAAGGCCAUCGAGUAUAUUGCUGCUCUACAACGACUUCUAGAACAAGACGAUGCCGCGUCUACGGACAAAAUGAACAACAACGACAUCAUUAAUAGGAAUAGUGGCACACAUAGUCAGAGCAACAACGUCAUUGAGAUGGGCAAUCUGACAAUCCACAACAGCCACGGUAUCUCGGCGUCUCCUAACGUGAAUGCUAAUACUUCGACGAACACGAGCUUUGAACAAAUUGGUGAAGUAAGUUCGACAAAUACGUUAUCAAGCUUUAAACAGGAAUCAUCAUCGUCGAUGAUUCUUAGUAAUCUGACAACGUCAGAGAUCUCUGGCCCCGGAUCCUGGUGUCCGACCCCAACUGCUCUCGAUCAGUAUCCGACAUCCGGUAUUGUUAGCCAACAGGAUUAUCCCUACGUUCAGUUCCAGUACCAAAGUAUGUCGAUGCCCGGGGCAUUUCAAUCAGACCUACAAUAUCAGUGUAGCCCGCUGGGUGCGUACGCCAGCUAUCCGACAACAUCGGCAAGACUGUCUCCCCACUCAUGUUAAAUUAUUAUUCCCUGUUUUGUAAAUAACGACUUACAAGUAUAUAAUACAUUUUUGGCGUCUUUGUGCCUUCCUUACCACCCCUUUAUUUGUACAUACUGCUCUACCAAAAUCGCUUUAUAUAUAGCGAUUUUGUUGGUGUCAUUUCCAUCAGGGAAACGUAAUUGUAAAGAAAAAAAAUACCUCAAAGUGCAUUCGUUGGUGACUAGGGGUUAUACCUGUUUGUAAAUAACUGUGAUUAAAGAUUUGCCCCUAGCGAAUAAAAGCCCCACCAAAAAUCUAGAGAGUGGACUAAAUAGCAGAGUGUGAAUUAGGCCAAACAGCGUUGUCAUUUGACACAGAUAGCGCAGCAAAAAGUCAUA